AGAAAAGGAAGCCCCGCCCCCUAGCAACGCGGCAACCAAUCCGCGGCGGGAUCCGGGCAGCGUCCCCUGAGGGAGACGGGCAAAUGGCGGCUGAGCGGGCUGCCUCAUACUAUGGGGAAAUGAAGGACCAGCGAAGGAAUGGUUAUGGACGUUACGUUUAUCCCAACUCCUUUUUCAAGUACGAAGGACAGUGGAAGCGAGGGAAAAAACAUGGACAUGGGAAGUUACUGUUCAAAGAUGGGAGUUAUUAUGAAGGCGAAUUUGCGAAUGGAGAAAUUGUUGGCCACGGACUCAGAUACUGGGCAUCUACAGGGAAUACUUAUUCCGGCCAAUUCCUCUGUGGAGAACUUCACGGGCACGGGGUCUUUCGUUAUGGAAAUGGUGGAAAAUAUGAAGGAGAGUUCUCCUAUGGGAUACGAGAAGGCUACGGAUCACUGACUGGAAAGGACGGAGAGACUUACCAAGGAUGCUUUCAUAACAACAAAAAACACGGAGGAGGAAAAAUGACUUUCCCAAAUGGGGAUGAAUUUGAAGGCGACUGGAUCCUGGAUCAGAGACAAGGCCAUGGAAUGCUUCACUGCCCUGAUGGAACCCUGUAUGAGGGACAGUGGAGAAAUGAUACAUUCAAUGGACAAGGCUGUAUGAUCCAUUGUUCGGGUGUCAUCUACGAUGGCCUCUGGCAUAACGGCUCCCCUAUGGGGCAAGCAAAGACGAUGGUGAUUUUGGGACCAGAGGUGAUGGAUACAGGCCCAGGAUCGGUUGUUACUUUUCAUGUUCAACUGCAGACUGAAAAAGGAGAGAUUUCUAAAAGCGAAAGGGGUCGACUGCUGGAGAUUACUGCUGAGAUCAAAAAGUUCCAGUUUCCAGCAAGCUACAGAACCAGCUUCAAUGAAUUGCUUGAACCAACUGAGAAGCAGUUCUUCCAAAACUCUUUGAAGUUUGGGAGCGUCGGCUAUCCUUUGAUGGCUGCUGUGUCUGGAAGCCUACCAUUGCAAGACGCUCCACCAGUUGUCAGCAAAUCUGGACACACUGGGCCUGAAGCACCAGCCUCCAAAGAAAGGAAGCCAGAACCCAAAACAAAGUUCCCGGCUGGUGCAGGAGGUGCCCUUAACAGCCGGAAUAAAGGAAGCCAUACCUACGGUUUUCCCCGUUUGCAAAGGAGCAAGCAUGGCUGGGCCACUUUCAGAAACAUCACCCUCGCCUCUCUUCUGGCCAGUCCGCACCCUGAUCCACAGAUGGGUGAACUGCUUGAAAGAGAAGUUGAAAAGCAAAGUGCCCAGACCUCUACAGAGGAAAUGGAAGCUUCUGCCAUGUUUAUGGCCAGAAGUAGCAGAUCAGGAAUGGCCAUUGAAGGAUGGAAAUCCAGGGCGAAUGAAACUCCUCUGAACGUCACACCACCUCCACCAGGAGAGUAUGUAAUUAUGGUUCGUGAAGUGACAUCACCUCCAUUUCUAGGCCAACUUCUCCCACCUGUUUUCAAGCUUUUGAGAGUUCUGCCAAAGAAAGACAUAGUUAUUGGUUCCAGUAAAGAAAUUCAGAAAGAUCUUGGCAGUUAAAGGGGGAGGAAAUCGAUGGACCGCAACCAGGCUCCCACCUGAAUUUAAGGGGAGAUAUAUGCCCUUCACUGACAUGGGAAUCAUUCAUGCAACUUCACCUCUCAGUAAUUUCUCUCUUUCUCUUAAAAAGGAUCUACAGCAUGGGAAACAAAAUAGCAAAGAAACAAAAUACAGCCACCUGCUUUAUCUUUUCUUCUAGCCAAUAUUAAUUUAGAUGAACUGUAGAUAUUUAAUCUUGCGUCGCGUUUGCAAGCGAGCGAGUUGGGGCAGCAGUUUGGCCAGAUGUCCAGAGAUUGUCGAAGUCGAUGAAUCAGCUGGUCAUCUAAUCGCUGAAAACGCACAUCACAAAUUAAAUGUAUAUCU